CUGUAUUUGUCCAUCGUGUGAGACGGUCCGUAUAUUACUGAAACGUUUGAGAGCAUCAAAAACAAAGAUUUUUAGAAUGGGGCAAUCACAGCCGUUGCUUGCUCUUAUUUGCGCUGUAUGCUGUCUGGGGGCCGCCGUAAUUAGUGCCUGUCCACGAGCGCCCACUCAUUUGCCCCAUGGCCGUCGUACACGCGGUGAUAAUGGAUACAAAUUAAUCGUGGCUGAUGGUCCCAAUGGCUAUGUGCCCGGCAAGGCAUACAACUUAUUGUUGCUUGGCUCUCGCACUCAUUCAAAGAUUCAACAUUUUACUCACUUUACAAUUGCGGCAGAGGCACACAAUGGCGGCAAACGUUCUCAUGUGGCAAAUCCUCGUCGCGUGGGUCGUUUCCAACUUUUCAGCGAUUCACUUACCAAGUUCAAUGACCGUUGCGUGAACACAGUUUCGGAAGCAGAUGAUUUGCCCAAGACAGAAGUGCAGGUUAUGUGGGUGGCACCAGAUACAGGUUCAGGCUGUGUUUCACUCUCUGCCAUGGUAUACGAGAAUCAACAAGCCUGGUUUUCGGAUGACGGACAGCUGACCCAGGUGAUAUGCGAACACAAACCCACUUCAGCUGACACACAGAAGGAAUGCUGCGCCUGUGAUGAGGCCAAGUAUAGCUUUGUUUUCGAGGGCAUUUGGUCAAACGAGACACACCCAAAGGACUAUCCGUUUGCCAUUUGGCUUACACACUUCUCUGAUGUAAUUGGCGCUUCACAUGAGGCAAAUUUUUCCUUCUGGGGCGAGCAGCAUAUAGCUACUGAUGGCUUCCGAUCGCUUGCUGAGUGGGGCUCGCCCACUGCCUUGGAGACGGAGCUGCGCGCACAAGGUCCGAAGCUGCGCACACUUAUUAAGGCAGCCGGCUUGUGGUACCCUAAUGUAAAUCAGAAUACAUCUUCGAAAUUCCGCGUGGAUCGCAAGCACCCCAAGGUGUCGUUGGCUUCCAUGUUUGGUCCCUCACCUGACUGGGUGGUGGGCAUUAGUGGCGUAGACUUGUGCACAGCUGAUUGCAGCUGGAAGGAGUCUAUGGAAUUUGAUUUGUAUCCCUGGGACGCGGGCACUGACAGCGGCAUUUCCUACAUGUCUCCAAACUCCGAGACACAACCCAGAGAGCGCAUGUACAAAAUAACUACAAUGUAUCCGGAGGAUCCUCGAGCCCCAUUCUACAAUCCGCAGAGCCAGCGAAUGACGCCACUUGCCAAGCUGCAUCUGCGUCGUGAGAAGAUAAUCUCACGCAACUGCGACGACGACUUUUUGCAGGCGCUGCAGCUUGAGGUAUCCGACGAUGCCGAGGAACAAGAUGUGCGAAGUGAAUGUCGUGUUGGCGCUUAUAGCGCUUGGAGUCCCUGUAGCGUCAGCUGUGGAAAGGGCAUACGCAUGCGUAAUCGCCAGUAUCUGAAUGCAGCGGAAGCUCAAUCUGCACAGUGUUCCCGUCAGCUGGUAUCUAAGGAGAUGUGUGUAGCAGCGUUGGCGGAGUGCGCCAACGGUUCGGCAGGCCAGGAUCGUGACGAAGAUGAGGGUGAAAAUUUGGCCAACUCACAGUCACUUGUUAGCGAUAAUGGCGAAGGCGUGGGCCUCUGCAAGACGACGCCCUGGAGUGUGUGGUCCGAUUGUUCAGCCAGUUGUGGUAUUGGCAUCACAAUGCGCACACGCACCUUUGUCAAUCCGCAGGGCAGAAAACGCUGCCCGCACAUUUCCAUUGUGGAGAAAAACAAGUGCAUGCGACCUGAUUGCACAUACGAGCAAGUGGACUUGCCUGAUCCGGACUGUCCAACGACUCAAUGGAGUGACUGGAGUCCUUGCUCUGGCACUUGCGGACGCGGAAGUACUAUACGCAAGCGUCUGUUGGUACUCGAAGAUGGUGCAGUAAAGGACAACUGCACCAGUCGCAUGGAGCUGCAUCAGCAGAAGGAAUGUAAUCACGCCUUGGACUGUCACAUCAACAUGGAAAUGGCCAAAAACAUUUGCGUUGAAGAGCCCGAAGCGGGUCCCUGCCGAGGCAACUAUCAGCGUUAUGCUUACAACAGCCAAACCAAUCGCUGUGAACUUUUCACCUAUGGCGGCUGUCGUGGUAAUCGCAACAACUUCCUUAACGAAGCCGAAUGCCUGCAGACCUGCAGCAGAAUAAGCCCAACUGUUGCUGCUCGUGAGGAUCAACCCAAAGGUUGCGUCAUGUCUGAAUGGUCAGAUUGGUCGCCAUGCAGCGUCAGCUGCGGCACUGGCUCCUCCGAGGGACAUCGUUUUGUGAUUAGUGAGCCACAGCAGGGCGGCCAAGCCUGUCCCAAACGUUUGACUAAGCAGCGUCGCUGCGUCAUGCCAGCCUGUUAAGUCAAGCCACCAUUAAACUCAAAUAAAAAACCUUUUCGCUGUUUUUACAAUAAUCUAUAAAAUGCCAAAUAAAGUUGAACACGUUUUUUAAA